CAAAUUUUUAAAAACAAACCCUACACUGUCUCUCACACUAUAAGUAUCACUCUUACCCUCAUUUCUCGUUUUCACCCAUUCGCGAUCGCACCCUUUCUCUGAUUCUCAUCCUCCAAUCCUCUUCUUUCACUGUGUUUUGUUGAGUUUUUUUCUGUAGAGAAUGGGAAAAGAGAAGAGUCACAUCAACAUCGUCGUUAUCGGCCAUGUCGACUCUGGCAAGUCGACCACCACCGGCCACCUCAUCUACAAGCUUGGAGGGAUCGACAAGCGUGUGAUUGAGAGGUUCGAGAAGGAGGCUGCUGAGAUGAACAAGCGUUCAUUCAAGUACGCCUGGGUUCUCGACAAGCUCAAGGCAGAGCGUGAGCGUGGUAUUACCAUUGACAUCGCCCUGUGGAAGUUUGAGACCACUAAGUACUACUGCACUGUGAUCGAUGCACCUGGUCAUCGUGAUUUCAUCAAGAACAUGAUCACUGGUACCAGCCAGGCUGACUGUGCUGUUCUGAUCAUCGAUUCCACCACUGGUGGUUUUGAGGCUGGUAUCUCCAAGGACGGCCAGACCCGUGAGCAUGCUCUGCUUGCUUUCACCCUUGGUGUUAGGCAGAUGAUCUGCUGUUGCAACAAGAUGGAUGCAACGACCCCAAAAUACUCCAAGGCUAGGUAUGAUGAAAUUGUGAAGGAGGUUUCAUCCUAUUUGAAGAAGGUUGGUUACAACCCUGAGAAGAUCGCAUUUGUACCAAUUUCUGGUUUUGAGGGAGACAACAUGAUUGAGAGGUCCACCAACCUUGAUUGGUACAAGGGACCCACCCUGCUUGAGGCUCUGGACCAGAUCAAUGAGCCAAAGAGACCCUCUGACAAGCCUCUCAGGUUGCCACUUCAGGAUGUCUACAAGAUUGGUGGUAUUGGAACUGUUCCAGUUGGUCGUGUAGAGACUGGUAUCCUCAAGCCUGGUAUGGUCGUGACCUUUGCCCCCACUGGACUCCAGACUGAGGUUAAGUCUGUGGAGAUGCACCAUGAGUCUCUCCCUGAGGCUCUCCCUGGUGACAAUGUUGGUUUCAAUGUUAAGAAUGUUUCUGUGAAGGAGUUGAAGCGUGGCUUUGUUGCUUCUAACUCAAAGGAUGAUCCUGCUAAGGAGGCUGGAAGCUUCACCUCUCAAGUCAUCAUCAUGAACCAUCCUGGCCAGAUUGGCCAAGGUUAUGCUCCAGUCCUUGACUGCCACACCUCACACAUUGCUGUCAAGUUUGCUGAGCUCCAGACCAAGAUUGAUAGGCGUUCUGGCAAAGAGCUCGAGAAGGAGCCCAAGUUUCUUAAGAAUGGUGAUGCUGGUAUGGUGAAGAUGAUUCCCACAAAGCCAAUGGUUGUUGAGACUUUUGCUGAGUACCCUCCACUUGGUAGGUUUGCUGUGAGGGACAUGCGUCAAACUGUUGCUGUUGGUGUGAUCAAGAGCGUUGAGAAGAAGGAUGCUUCUGCUAAGAUCACUAAAUCUGCUGCGAAGAAAGCUGGCAAAUGAACCGUGCGGGUUCAGCAUGCUUUUACAUCUAUGAUUAUGAAUAAAUGUUUCGUCAGCUAUGUCUCUGGCGGAACUACCUUAAGUAUCUUGUUUAGUGUUUGGUGUCGUAGGUUGUUGCUACCUCUGUACAGUACUCAGUCUCAGAAUUGGGUGCUUGAUAGACGGUGGCGAUGCUAGCAUUUGAUUUCUCGGUCGUGUUCAGUUUUAAACUUCGAUGAUUUGGUUUUCUGGUUAAACUUGUUUCGUUUAUAAAUCUAUCUUUUAUUAUUUUUA